AUGCCCUCGCACGGUGCUCCAUCCGGUCCUCGAGCAUCCUUCUCAUCCCCAGUCCCCAGUGGCCCAGGAUACCGGGGCCACCCAGGUUCUUCUCGCCAGGGUAGUUCGGUAGGGGCCGUUUCUCCUUUGACGCCCAAACCUCCCAAUUAUCUCGCGGGCUUGGGCUCGAUUGUCCCAGGGGGCAGGGCUCUACCCUCAGCGCUGGAUGUUACGACUGAGAGACGGCUUGCUCAACUUGAUGCGGAUAAGGAAAAGUUACUUGAGCAGAUGGCGGCGACGCAGAAGCCUAGGAGAGCGGGUCUUCGUGAUUGGGACCGAUUGGAUCGUGAAAGUUCAAUAUGUGCGUUGAAGAGUGAGUUGGCUGAGGGCCAUCUCCAACGCAUGGCGGAUGAAAGUAUUGGCGGGGGAGUCUUGUACUGA